AAGAGAGGAGGAGAGCACUGUGGAGGCUUGCACAGUAAGCAAUUAGCAUCAAACAAGAAGAGAGAAGAAGAAGAAGAGGAGCUGAGUAAACCAGCAAUCUAUAUAACCCAUGAAACGCUACACCUCUCCAAUAUUAUCAUCAUUCUCUUCUCUUCUCUUUCUCCUUUCUUUAAUUUCUCUCUCUCAUUCUUUCGUAAUCGGAGCCGCCUCUGCUUUUUGCCGUGACGAAAUGACCACUCUCGGAGGAGUUCGCGAUUCCCAAGUCGCCCCCAACUCCGUCGAGAUCGACGCCCUCGCCCGCUUCGCUGUCGAAGAGCACAACAAGAAAGAGAAUGCGGUGCUGGAGUUUGCUAGGGUCGUGAAGGCGAAAGAACAAGUGGUGACUGGGACUCUUCAUCACCUUACUAUUGAAGCGAUUGAGGCCGGGAAGAAGAAGCUUUAUGAAGCUAAGGUCUGGGUGAAGCCUUGGCUUAAUUUUAAAGAAUUGCAGGAGUUCAAACACGCCGGUGAUGUUGACGGUGGUUCAGGUGCUCCCUCCUUUACCUCCUCAGAUCUCGGUGUGAAGAAAGACGGGCAUGGUCCUGGAUGGAAAGAAGUACCAGCACAUGAUCCUGCAGUGCAAGAUGCAGCCAGUCAUGCUGUGAAGACCAUUCAGCAGAGGUCCAACUCAUUGUUUCCUUAUGAACUUAAAGAGAUUGUUCAUGCUAAAGCUGAGGUAGUAGAUGAUCAUGCAAAAUUUGAUAUCAUUCUCAAGGUCAAGAGGGGAACCAGUGAAGAGAAGUACAAGGUUGAGGUGCACAAGAACAAUGAAGGAACCUUCCUUCUCAAUCAGAUGCAGCCACACGCCUAAGUGCAGAAUUUACUGACAUGUAUUUAAAAUAAUAUGGAUUAUUAAAAGCUUGUUUUGGUUCGACAACUUUAAACCAUACGAUGCUUCGUUUGGUCCUACUUCUGUAAUAUUUUUUCUGUUUUAUGAUACAUGUGUUGUUGUC